UCUCUGCAUAGAUGUCCGCUGGCGCAUGUGACUUACCAGAAAGUACAGAGAACGGGGAAAAGACAAUUCCCUCGCCGCAAUUACUAGAGAUUGUAUUGGAGCUGAUCGUACGGUCAGUCAGCAUCCUGUGUCUGAGUUCGGGACAGUUGCCGCUGUAGCCUUUAAAAAACACACUGCUCUGCGUUUGUGAGCAAACUUUGGUUUUGGCAAAGAAGAUUUUUUGGAGAGUGGGACACCAGACUUUCACUAAAACCACAAUAUGCAUGAUGUGUCCAAACCAGGGUCCACAUUCUGCCCAGUAAUGCAGGCUCAAAAAUGACUUUUCAACCAAUAUAUCUAGAUGCAUAACUUCCUAUGGAUCGAACAACAGAACACCAUGCGCAGGCUUAAAGAAGAGUUCCAAUGCCUCUCCGAAUUCCACAAGGGAAUAUGAGGACUUCUCCACUCUGUCUUUCUGAGAUACUAGCAGCACCAGACAACAGGACCGACCAGGCUAACGGCACGAUGCCCGUCGAAGCCAUCUACAUCGUGAUGGAGGUGAUCAUCGCAGUGACUUCGGUGAUCGGAAACGUGAUGGUUAUCUGGGCGGUGCGGAUCAACCGUUCGAUGCGAGACACCACCUUCUGUUUCAUUGUGUCUCUGGCUCUGGCGGAUAUUACGGUGGGGGCUCUGGUCAUCCCGCUGGCCAUCACCAUCAACAUCGGUUUCGAGAUGCACUUCUACAGCUGCCUGCUGGUCACGUGCAUCAUGCUGGUGCUCACGCAGAGUUCCAUCCUCGCGUUGCUGGCCAUCGCUAUCGACCGUUACCUGAGGGUGAAAAUACCCAUGAGGUAA